GGAGGAAACACAGAAACUGCAGGAAGUGACCAGCUGCUCUCAUGCACAUGCACUCAGCUAUAGACAUGAUUUACCCUCUUAUUCUCUCUGGGAUUUUACUUCUCAUCUCAGAUGCUGGAAUUGGGAGUAUGAAUAUCGGAGUGAAAUCUGGAUCACCUGGAAUUAUUCCCUGUCUAUAUGAUAAAAAACAUAAGGAAAACCGUAAAUACUGGUGUCAGGGGACACAAUGGAUUUCAUGCAAAACAUUGGGAUAUGCAAAUGAGCCAGGAGAAUAUUCCCUCACUGAUUAUCCAGAACAGAGUAUUUUUACAGUGCAGUGGAAGAAUCUGAAGACCUCAGACUCUGGAUAUUACUGGUGUGCUGUUGAGAUCGGUGGCUCUUCAGAUGACGGGUAUUAUUUGUAUCUGACGGUGGAGUCAGCUCAUGAUGUGUCUAUGGUGAGCAGCAGUGUCUCUGGACAUGAAGGUGGUGAUAUCAGUGUUCAGUGUCUCUACAGUUCUGGAUAUCAGAAUAAAGUCAAACAGUGGUGCAGAUAUAAAGAUCAGAGAUGUUACACAGUGGGGAGGACUUACACAUCCCAGAAUCCAUCAGUGCAGAUCAGAGAUGAUGAUGGGAGAAGAUCCUUCACUGUGCUGAUGACUGGACUGAGACGGACUGAUUCUGGCUGGUACUACUGCUCUGUAGGAGAUCUGCAGGUUCCUGUUCAACUCACAGUCACUGAACCCAAAAGAGCAUUCACAAGUAUUCCAGCAGCUCCACCGACUCCCUCUGAGGCAGACAUAGACACAACACAACAAUCUACCAACAGGAAUCCUACAAGUGUGAAUAAAAUAAUAUACAAUAUGACAACUGAUUCGAGACCAGAAACACACAAGCGUGAUGUGAUUCUGCUCUUGUGUCUCGCAAUGCUUUUGAUGUUACUGGUUACUCUUGUUGCCAUAGUAACUUGGAGGCUGAGAAAAAAGCCUGAGAGGGGUCAAAAUAAAGAAAACCAAAUGACAUCCAGCAGUCCAGCAGAUGCUGCUUCCUCUGCCUCGGUGGAUUUUACUACUGUGAUUUACAGUUCUGUGAUUACUUUUCAUAAAGCACCUUCAUCAUCAGUGAAUCCAGAAACUGAUGUGAUCUACAGCUCUGUGAAACUAACACCCAAGGCUGUGUGUUAAUAAUAAGGUGUUACUUCUGCUUCUUCUGAAAGAAGUUGAGAAAGGGGAAGUCAGUAAUUGUAAAUUUAACAACAGAUCUAUUUUACAGUUUCAGUAUAAACAGUGUGAAGGUCCAGUGCUUAACCAAUGCAGCUGAAAAGUGUGUCAGUGUUUUAAAUGUAUGCUGAUUGGCAAUGAAAACAAAAUGAAUAAUUUGAACUUUAAAGUACAUAGUUAUGAAGCGUAUUUCUGAAGUAUUCCAGAAUGAAUUGAUGACCAAUCAACCUUUUAAAAAGAUUCACAAUAUUCUUCAAUCUUUCUUAUGCUUUCUUCGAAGUCCAGAUUAGACCUACAUAAGGUGUAGGGUUAAAUACAGUAAAUGCAAUUUUGUUGUAUUUUUAAAAGUUUUAUUUGUAGUUUAAUUGUAUUUUAACUGCAUAUUGUAAAGCCAAUCAAAUUGUCUGUAUUAAAUAGUUUAUACACCUUAUUUCAUAGACAGUAUUAUUCAUAUUUUUGUGUUUGGCGACAUCUGCUGGUACUUUUUUUUUCUCGUCCCCAAAACUUGAGCGAUAUCAUUUUGUGUAUGUUUUCUUGUCUAUUAAAAAAAAAAAAAAACUAUUUUUAAAGCACAACUCAUACAUUUGCAGUGUCUAAACAUGUCCAUGAAUCAUCUCACAUGUGUGGUCGAAUCAUUGUCACUUUUUAAGGUUAGACACCAUGAACAGGGUUAAAAAGAUAUCACCAUGCUUCCCCAGUUAAAUGAACACUUUAAGAAUUGCAAUUUAAAAAAAAUACAAUAAAGAAAAUAAAACCAGAAAAAAAAAAAAAACCUAAAUUUUCAAAAUUUUUGGAAAUAAAAUCAGGUACAGCAUGGACAAAUCUUGUUAUAAAAACCUUUAAAAUAGAUAAUGGAGCUUCAGAUGUCAUUUUCUUAAUUGUUUUUACCUGUACACAUUUGGCACUGUUGGCAUAAUUAAGACAGACAGAUAGUUUUAUCCUUUACUGUACUUUGUCAUUCUUCUAGUGACUUAGGCCUUCCAAUAGUGGCUAGUGAACUGGAAGUCUCAGAAUAAGGCUGAUACUCGUAAUUCUGGCAUUCAAUGUUUGUAUUGUUUAAUAAAGGAAAAUAAACUCGCUACUUAAAGAAGGUUAUUUUACUAUAAAAUCUGAUUUUUACCUUUAGUCUGUUAUUUAGUUAUUAAGUCCCGUAAAUGAUAUUGGACCUGGACAAAGUAAUUCAAACUAUUUUCACAUUGAAGGUUUAUAAUAAAACAUGCAUUCUAAUAUUUGUUUAAAAAUAUUGAUAAGAUAAUA